AUGGUGCUACUGUCUAGUAUGGGCAUAGCAUGCAAGAGCCUGAUGAAGACAUCAAACUUUCGGAUGCGGUAUAGAUGGUGGAGGAUGGAUGAUGAGGAGCUUGCGACGGACCGCCUCAGAUCAACAAACCGUGGCUGGGUAGGUAUUGCUGACGUUCGUAGAUAUCAGCAGGAUACAUACACAUCGAUGCUUCGAUUGAGGCGCGGGCCCAGGCUAUUGCGAUCUUCGAGCCGAAUGAAUGAUGGGCGUCAGUGA